GCAUUAAAAAAAACAAAAAAACUAGCUUUGGUUGCGUUAAUGCCGCUGCUGAGCAUUUACAGAUACUGUAACUCAUAAAUUUUGAUUGAAAAGACCACCGUUCAACGAAAGUAGAGGUGAAGAGAUAUUUGAUUAUAAAACACAACCAUGAUAACAUCCGCCGCUGGGAUCAUUUCACUUCUUGAUGAGGAGGAGCCACAGCUCAAGGAGUUUGCUCUACACAAACUUGACGCCAUUGUGAAUGACUUCUGGGCUGAGAUUUCAGGAUCUGUAGAUAAAAUUGAAGUCCUGUAUGAGGAUGAAUCUUUUCGAAGCAGAGAAUUUGCAGCCCUGGUGGCCUCUAAGGUGUUCUACCACCUUGGAGCAUUUGAAGAAUCUUUAAAUUAUGCUCUUGGUGCUGGAGAUCUUUUUAGUGUCACCGAUGACUCAGAAUAUGUGGAGACCAUCAUUGCCAAAUGCAUUGACCACUACACCAAGCUGCGUGUAGAAAAUGCUGAGCUGUCAGAAGAUGAGGAGAAAAAGAACAUUGACCCUCGUCUGGAGGGCAUCGUCAACAAGAUGUUCCUGCGUUGCCUAGAUGACCACAAGUACAAGCAGGCCAUUGGCAUUGCCUUGGAGACCAGGCGUCUCGACAUGUUUGAGAAGACCGUCCUUGAAUCAAAUGAUGUGAGUGGCCUCCUUGCCUACAGCCUGAAGGUCUGCAUGUCCCUCAUGCAGAACAAAAAGUUUCGUAACGACGUGCUACGAGUGCUUGUCAAACUCUAUAUGAACUUAGAGAAGCCUGAUUUCAUCAAUGUUUGCCAGUGUCUGAUAUUCCUAGACGACCCACAGGCUGUGAGUGACAUCUUGGAGAAGCUGGUAAAGGAGGACAACCUGCUAAUGGCCUACCAGAUCUGCUUUGACCUCUAUGAAAGUGCCAGCCAGCAAUUCCUGUCCUCAGUCAUCCAGAACUUGCACACUGUUGGAACACCCAUCCCUGCCGUGCCAGGUUCCACAAAUACAGGCACUGUUCCUACAUCAGACAAAGACAGUGAUGCAAUGGAGACGGAUGAAAAGGCUGGCAGCUCACCGGCUGGAAAGUCAGCAGAAGCAAAAGACGAGCCCAAAGACCAGAACGCCAAGAUGAUUAAAAUUCUCAGUGGGGAGAUGGCCAUAGAGCUGCACCUGCAGUUUCUAAUUCGAAAUAACAACACGGAUCUCAUGAUUCUUAAAAACACAAAGGAUGCAGUUCGAAACUCGGUGUGUCAUACAGCCACGGUUAUAGCAAACUCUUUUAUGCACACAGGAACCACAAGUGACCAGUUCCUCAGAGAAAAUUUAGAAUGGCUCGCAAGAGCCACCAACUGGGCAAAGUUCACUGCCACAGCAAGUCUGGGUGUCAUCCAUAGGGGUCAUGAGAAAGAGGCGCUCCAGUUAAUGGCCACCUACCUGCCCAAAGACACAUCACCUGGCUCUGCCUACCAGGAGGGAGGAGGCCUGUAUGCUUUGGGACUUAUUCAUGCCAAUCAUGGUGGGGACAUUAUCGAUUACCUGCUUGGCCAGCUCAAGAAUGCCAGCAAUGAUAUUGUUCGUCACGGUGGUGCUCUCGGUCUGGGUUUAGCUGCACUGGGCACAGCCAGACAAGAUGUUUAUGACCUGCUCAAGUCAAACCUUUACCAAGAUGAUGCUGUCACUGGUGAAGCUGCAGGUUUGGCUCUUGGUCUGGUCAUGCUGGGUUCUAAGUCAGCCCAGGCAAUCGAGGACAUGGUGGGCUAUGCUCAGGAGACACAACAUGAGAAGAUCUUGCGUGGCCUUGCGGUGGGAAUCGCCAUGGUCAUGUAUGGACGCAUGGAGGAGGCUGACGCCCUCAUUGAAAGCCUCUGCAGAGACAAGGACCCCAUCUUGCGGCGAUCUGGUAUGUACACUGUGGGAAUGGCCUACUGUGGCUCUGGGAACAACAAGGCCAUCCGCCGCCUGCUGCACGUUGCUGUGAGUGAUGUCAACGAUGAUGUAAGAAGGGCUGCUGUCGAGUCUAUUGGUUUCAUCUUGUUCAGGACUCCAGAGCAGUGUCCCAGUGUUGUGUCGCUUCUGUCGGAGAGCUACAACCCUCAUGUGCGCUGUGGGGCUGCCAUGGCUCUGGGCAUCUGCUGUGCUGGGACAGGCAACAAGGAGGCAAUCAAUCUGCUGGAGCCCAUGACCAAUGACCCGGUGAAUUACGUGAGACAAGGCGCCCUUAUUUCUUCAGCCCUCAUUAUGAUCCAGCAGACUGAAGUUACCUGUCCUAAGGUGAACCAGUUCAGACAGCUGUACGCAAAAGUGAUCAACGACAAGCACGACGAUGUUAUGGCCAAGUUCGGCGCCAUCCUGGCCCAGGGAAUCCUCGAUGCAGGUGGACGCAACAUGACCAUCUCUCUACAAUCCAGGACGGGUCACACUCACAUGCCCUCAGUGGUCGGGCUGCUGGUCUUCACCCAGUUCUGGUUCUGGUUCCCCCUCUCACACUUCCUGUCACUUGCCUUCACACCAACGGCUAUAAUCGGCCUUAACAAAGACCUCAAGAUGCCCAAGGUGCUGUACCGCUCCAACUGUAAGCCCUCCACCUUCGCCUACCCACCAGCGCUGGAGGUUCCCAAAGAGAAGGAGAAGGAGAAGGUAUCUACUGCCGUUCUCUCCAUCACUGCCAAGGCCAAGAAGAAGGAGAAGGAAAAGAAAGAAAAGGAGGAGAAGAUGGAAGUGGAAGUUCAGGAGGGCGAGAAGGAGAAGAAGGAUGAAGAGAAGGAGAAGGAGAAGGAGAAAGAGAAGAAGAAAGAGGCAGAGCCAAACUUCCAGUUCUUGGAGAACCCGGCCAGAGCGAUGCCGGCUCAGCUCAAAGUCCUGAUAAUGCCGGAGUCCUGCCGCUACCAGCCCUUCAAACCGCUGCACACAGGCGGGAUCAUCAUCCUAAAAGACACCAGUGAAGAGGAGGAGGAGCUGGUGGAGCCCGUCUCAGCCCACGGGCCCAAAAUAGAGGAAGAAGAGCAGGAGCCUGAGCCCCCCGAGCCUUUCAAGUACAUUGAUGAGUAGAAAUAUCGCAGCCAAGGUAUGAGACGACGUGAGACUUCAAUAUUUUGAUCCUGUAUCCAUCAGAUUCCUGCUUCACUUCUUUUUACGCGUUUCUUUUCUGUUUUUGCCACACGAGGAAUGUGUUUCUUUCUCAGUGUUAAAUUUUUCGUUCAAUAAUAAUAAAAAAAA